GGACGGCGCUCCGGGCGCGGUGUUGCAAUGGCUGUGACAUCGGAGCGCUGAGCGGGUGAGCAGUGGGGCCGCGUGGAGCUGGGCACGGAGAGAUCACGACCAGGGGGCAGCAGAGGGGCCGCCCAGUGGGUACCGCUCCGGGCUUCGCCUCCUCUGGUUAAAUAUCUCAUGCUCACAAAAAAAGAGGAAAACCCUACUACUCAAAGAAAAGAACCUCUUCUGCUUUUGCUGCUGCUUUCAAUAACCAAGCCGAAUAACUGGAAGUCUUUGGAUUUAAUUGAAUUGUAAACAAAAAAAGAUCAUUUACAGCCCAACAAAAUGGCUGAUAGUCCGAACUGUGAUUUGAAAUCCCUGAGUCCGCUUCAGCUGUUUGAGAAAGUAACUGAACAAGGAGAGAAAGUCAGAGCACUGAAAGCAGGAAAGGCACCAAAGGAUGAAAUAGAUGCAGCAGUGAGAUUGCUGUUGUCAUUAAAGCUGUCAUAUAAAACAACAACAGGCCAGGAUUAUCAGGCAGGCUUACCUCCAAAAGAUCAUGCAUUAAUAAACAAUGGUACAACUAAAGAAGAGGAUGAAGAUCUUGUGGACCCCUGGAACGUGCAGACAUCAAAUGCUAAAGGCGUGGAUUAUGACAAACUCAUAGUUCGGUUUGGCAGCACUAAAAUCGAUACAGAUCUGAUCAAUCGAAUAGAAAGAGCUACUGGGCAAAAACCUCACCGAUUUCUACGGAGAGGAAUCUUUUUUUCUCACAGAGAUAUGGACCAAAUCCUUCAUGCUUAUGAAAAUAAGAAGCCCUUUUACCUUUAUACUGGCAGAGGACCAUCCUCUCAGGCAAUGCACGUUGGUCAUCUUAUCCCGUUUUUAUUCACAAAGUGGCUGCAAGAAGCAUUUGAUGUUCCAUUAGUUAUACAGUUAACUGAUGAUGAGAAGUACCUUUGGAAGGAUAUGACAACUGAGAAAGCAUAUGAAUAUGCUAAAGAAAAUGCAAGAGAUAUUAUUGCAUGUGGUUUUGAUGUCAAUAAAACCUUUAUCUUUUCUGAUUUAGACUACUUGGGGUCAAGUACAGGAUUCUACAAGAAUAUAAUCAAAGUUCAGAAGCAUGUUACAUUUAACCAAGUGAAAGGAAUCUUUGGCUUUACUGACAGUGAUUGCAUUGGGAAGAUCAGCUUUCCUGCUAUUCAAGCUGCUCCAUCCUUCAGUUCAUCAUUUCCACAGAUCUUCAAUGGCAAGGAGAACAUUCAGUGUCUUAUCCCAUGUGCUAUUGAUCAAGAUCCUUAUUUUAGAAUGACCCGAGAUGUAGCACCUAGGAUUGGCUAUCCUAAACCAGCCUUACUGCACUCAGUCUUCUUCCCAGCCCUGCAAGGAGCACAAACAAAAAUGAGUGCUAGUGAUGUCAACUCCUCUGUCUUCCUCAAUGAUACACCCAAACAAAUCAAGACAAAGAUUAACAAGCAUGCCUUCUCAGGAGGCAGAGACACUAUUGAAGAGCACAGGAAGUAUGGAGGUAACUGUGACGUUGAUGUGUCUUUUAUGUACCUGACUUUCUUCCUUGAAGAUGAUGACAAGCUUGAACAACUGAAACAAGCAUACACAAGUGGGGAGCUGCUCACAGGGGAGCUGAAGAAGGUGCUUAUUGAAACAUUGCAGCCCUUGAUAGCAGCUCAUCAAGAGAGACGGAAGCAGAUCACAGAUGAAGUAGUGAAGCAAUUCAUGACUCCACGGAAGCUAGCUUUUGAAUUUUGAAGAACUGCUUAUGUAACUCGUCACUCAAUUAGUCAAAAUUGAGUAGUUGUUGUCUUCUGCUGUAUGUUAUCACUCCCUAGGUAUGAACAGCCUGCACUCAGUGCUUUAUAAAUACUGCUCUUAAUGAGCUACUUCCUUAUAAAGAGCAUCAGAGUACUGGAAAAGUUUAAAAUAGAGUUUAAAAAUAGGACUUGUAUCUAUUUAAAAUCAAAGUAUGUUAAUUAAGUCAUCAAAUCUGUACAAGAUAUAAUUACCUAAUCCAACAGAGAAGCAUGUCUGUCAGCCCAAGACUGUAUUUUAUUGUAUUUCAUGUUGAAAAUAUAAAUAAAAUUGCCAUUUUGAUUAUGAA